AUGAAGCAAAUAUUAGUCUUGUCUAUAUUGGUUAUCUCCACAUUUGGAGCAAAAUUAAACCAAUAUCUUCCUCCAAGACCUGAAAAUGACAACGCCCAAUACCAACCUCCAGCACUUCCCAAUCAACCCUUCUCCGCCGCAAGUCAAUCCCAACAACAAUUCGCUACUCCAAACUUCCAACAAGCAAGCAGACAAUAUCUGACUCCAAACAAAGGAUCCGACCAACCAGGUCAAGGUUCUAGUCCUUUCGGUCAAGUUGCUGGACGAUUUGGACAACAAUCUAACCAAUUCGGGCUUAGAAAUUCUUUUAGUGCCAAUGGAAAUGGUAACUCUGGCAAACAAUAUGUAGCUCCCAACAAACAAGAUGCUUCCGGACAAAGCUCUAACUCUUUCGGAAACUUCCAACAGCCAAACUCUUUUAAUGGAAACGUAAAUGGAGGUUCUAAUAGACAAUACUUAGCACCCAACAAACAAGAUGCUUCUGGGCAAAGUUCUAACUCUUUCGGAAACUUCCAACAACCAAAUUUUUUUAAUGGAAACGUAAAUGGAGGUCCAAAUAGACAAUACUUAGCACCCAAUAAACAAGACGCUUCUGGACAAAGUUCUAACUUAUUUGGAGAAGUCCAAUCUCGUAACAAUUUUAAUGGUAAUGGACAAAGGCCCAUCUCAAGCUUUGGUUCAAAAUCUAACAAUCAAGCACCAAACGCUGGAAACGAUAACUCCUUUGCACCAUCAUUUAACUCUUUUAACCAAAAAGCAGCACCUAAUGGACAAUUUGGACAGUCAGGUUCAUUUUCAAACGGUUUCAAUCAACAAUCCGGACAAGGACAAUACAACGGUCAAUUUUCUGGUUCUCAAUCCGCCCCAAUUGGUUUAAUCAGAUCUGAAUUCAAUCCUGAUCAAGGAGAUGGACAUUACAGCUAUUCAUACGAAACUGAAAAUGGAAUUUCUGCCCAAGAAGAAGGAUUUGUUCAAAAUGAAGGUAAAUCUGCACAGGGAGGAUUCUCUUAUACAUCUCCAGAAGGUGAACAGAUCUCUCUUGAAUACACUGCUGACGCAAAUGGUUUCGUACCAAAAGGAUCUCAUGUUCCUGAAAUUCCCGAAGCGAUCUUGAAAUCUAUUGAACAGAAUAAAGCUGAAGAAGCUCGUGGAGAAUACAAUGAGGGUUCUUAUAGAGAGGAAUAUAACCAAGAAAGCUCAAAUGGAAACAAUGGAUACCAUGGUAAUUUAAAUAAUAAAUAUCAAGGAAACGUAAAUGGUGGAUAUCAAGGAAACGUAAACGGUGGAUAUCAAGGAAAUGGACCACGUGAACAAUCUCCAUUUGCUUCUCAAGAAAAUAGACAAGUAGCAUCUUUAUCAGGUCCAAAAUCCUUUGGAGCACAAAACAAUGGCUAUCAAUAUUCCGGUCCAUCAAAAUCAAACAACGGUGCUGACCAAGGUACAUUUGCGUCCCAGCAAAGCAAUCAAGUAACACCUUUCGGAGGUCAGCAGGGCUCCAAAUCUUCCUUUGGACAAAAUAGUAACAACGGAUACCAAUAUUCUGCUAAUACCGCUAAAUCAAAUUUUGCAGAUCAGGGUAGUUUUGCUUCUCAACAAAACCAACAAGUAGCACAAUUUAAUAAGCAACAAGGAGUUUUUGGAAAAGCAACUGAACCUAAAACAUCAUUCGGAUCUUCAUCUCAAUUUGGACAGCAAAAUGGAAAUUCUAAAAAUGUUAAUAAACAAAACAAUGGUUAUCAAUAUCCAAUUCCUGAACCAUCUCCUUUUUCUUCCCAACAAAAUAAACAAAUAACUCCUUUUGGAUCCCAAUUUUCUCCAAAAUCUCAGUACGGAGCUCCUGAACAGUCAUCAUCAGCCAGUCAAAACAAUGGACAGUUUAGUUCAUUCCAAGGACCGAAGAGUCAAGUUUCAGGAUUUUCUGGAAACAAUGGAUUCAAUAGUCAGUCAGCAUUCCAAAACAAAGGACAGCAGAGCAGUACAUCUGGACAAUUUGGCACAGUCCAAGAUAGCAAUGGUGGUUACAAAUAUUAA